UGGCUCUUGUGGCACGGCUCCCAAAGAAGAGCUGGCUCUUUUGGCUCCCAAUUGCUCUUAAUAUAUUACCAUCUGUAGCCUCAUAUUUUAUCUUUAUUUGGCAAAUAUGAUGGGAGUUGGCUCUUCCAAUUAGAGCCGAUGCUUUUGCGCAUGACACGUCACUACCACCGAUGCUGUUUCCAUGGUGAUGAAACUGCGCGCUCUAGCAACUUGUUAGCAGUUGUCAUUUGCAGGUUCUUGUAAAUGUCUUAAUCAAUCACUUGACAUAAAAAAUGAGAUGUCUUCCACGGGGUCCCAGCCCUCUGAGCCCCAGAGCUAUAGGCUUUCCAUCAAUAGUGGCACUAACGUUUUACGAUACCAUUACACAGCGAAAGAUAGAACAGCAACAGCGGCAGGAACUGGAACCGCUGAUCCCCAUGAUGGCCCUCUUCCGUUGAGAUUCAACAGUGUGACACUGGAGGAGCUGAGUGAUGAGCUUGAUCGCCGCACCAAAGAAACCCAGAGACUACAAGAAGAGGUGGAAAAUGCAACUAAGGUGGUUCUGGAGAGAUUUGGCGGCAGCUGUAGGUCACCUGGACAAAGCUGCCAUGAUAUUAAACCUCAUAUCUAUGACUCUCCUGGAGAUUCCUCCUUUCUUCCAACCCACCAGCAGGCAGUGACUCAGCCUUUGGUCUUUGGUCUGGAUAUUUUAAACCAGGAAGUAGCCCAAAGGGACAUCAGCUCUCCUGGAAAGCAGGUGUUAGAAAAUGCAAUGGAUGACUGCCUUCAGCAGCUGUCAGACUUGCAGCUCAACAAGACAGUUAAUCAAGCUGAACAAGAAACAUGCUGUCCUCAGAAAGCCAUCACAAACCUGAAAACUGAGCUGCAUAAAGUCCAGAUGGAGAAUGAUGCCCUGUCUGACCUGAGAUUAAAGGAUUCGAGGAAACACGUUGAUCAGAUGGAAAAGAUGCUGUGCUUGUUGGAAGAGCUUCAGAAACUCAAAAGGUCGAGGGACAAGAAGCUGCAGGAGAUGGAGAAUGAGGCGGUCGCGCUUAAUAGGAAAGUUGAAACAUUGGAGCAGACCAUAAAGGAGGUGUAUCAUACAUUGGAUGGGAAACAAUCUGAGCACUCAGUUAUCAGCACUAAACAUGAGAAUCGCAAAACGCAGCAAUUUAUUCCUAAUAAAGCAAAUGUGGAUCUCAAUGACAAGCUACAGGGGAGGCCUUUUUUGUCAGAAGAACAGAUGGGGAACAAGGAAUACAGUGGAGCAAUUGAACAAGAAAGACUGGAACACCUCAUUUCAACUCUUGGCCAGGAGAUGGCGAUGUUGACUGAUAUACUGAGCUCAUCGAAAGACAACAGCUUCAACUUAUGUGCCAAAGUGGAAUUGCUCAAAAAACUCACCGUGAGACCGCCCUCACUGCACGAGUAUCAGGCCAGAGAAUUGGAGUCAACCUUUUCCAGCCUUAAAGAUAAGGUUUGUGGUCUGGAGCAGCAGCUAAGUGAGGCUCAGACGCAGCUCUUGAGUGCUCAGCAAGAAAAAGACAAAUCAUUGCAACAGGCAAUGGAACUUCAUUCUCAGCUUAAACAACAUAAGAGGUGCUGUGACCAGCAGCAGUGUGAGCUCCAGGAGGGAUUAAAGGUCCUUCGAGGGCAGCUGAAGGUGACUAAGGAGCAGCUUCACCAAGCUGGGGAGGAGAAAACCCGCCUAGAGGCCCUGCUGGAGCAGAGGGACCACGAGGGAAGGAAAUCCCAGGAACUCCUGUGGGAGAAAGACAAAGAAUUCCACUUAAAGCAACAAGAAACUCAUCAACAUCUUAACAGGUUAAAAGAGGCUCAGAGUCAGUGCCAGACCCUGCAGAUAGAACAAGAGACAUUGAAGCUGAAGCUGAGUGACAGAGAGAAGACGAUAGAUCUUCUAAAGUUCCAGAUCGAGAGCAGCAUCCAGAUGACAGUCCAACAAAGCUGCACCAUCGAUGAUCUUCAACAGGAGAACAGCCUCCUCAGCAACCAGCUCAACCAGCACAAGCUGGAGAUGCAGCAGCUAAGGGCUGAGGUAGAUCGCCAUAAGUCACACCUGGCUGCUGUAGAGCAUGAGAGACAACAGCUCGAGGCCUCUGUGGCUGAGCAGAGCCAGCGCAUCCGGGAGGAGACUCUGGAGAAACAGCAGCUUACCACCCAGCUGGAACUGCGACGUGUGCAGUUAGUCAGCCUUACUAAGGAGCACAAGCAGCUGCAACGGCUGCACAGCUGUAAGAACGAGGAGCAUGAGGGUGCGGUGCUGAAUCUUCAGAGUCAGAUAAGGAACGCCCACGAUGAGCUCGAUCAGAUCCAGAGCACCUUGGGGACCCUCAAAGGGGCUGACAGACAUGGCCUCCAGGUAGCCUUGGACAUGCAGAAGGAGAUCACUGCCAGGAGAGAGCAGGUGGACUCGAUGCAGAGCAAAAUUCAACAUCUGGAGGAGAAAGUGGAGAAGCUGCAUCACGAGAAAGACUGCCAGAACUUGGAGACCGAGCGUCAGCUCCAGGAACUAACCUUCGUCAGGGAGGAGAAGAGACAACUUGCUAACGAGCUGGAGGUGCUUCGCUCCAAAGAUCAGCAGUUAACAGAUAGGAUCAGUGAGCUGGAGGCAAUCCUUCACAAGAUGUCGGAGAGCUUUGCAAACUGUCAGGAUUUUAUCCAGCUGCGGGAGCAGGAAUAUUUCCGCUUAAAACUCCACCAUGCCCUCCACUUGAAGGAGCUCCAAGGUCAAAAUCUGCACACAGCUCUGAAAGUGUGUCCACCUGAUCUGGACUCCCUGAUCCCAUCUGCACACACUGCUCCACCUUCCUCCCAGCAUGCCUUCAACGCCAAGAUCAAGUCAAGGAGGCAGCUGGAGAGCCCCACUUGUGAGCUCAGAUCUCUUGACAAAAUCCUGAGAGGAGGGAUUUUGGAGAACCCUGGACCACACACCGAUAACAGCACCACUGGCAGCAGCUUCCACAGGAGGAGGUCUGCACCAGAGAGAGUACACAGAACCGCACUAACUGAUCAUUGCGAUACUGGCUACAAACUGAGGAGAAAUACCUUCAGCAGCGAGCUAUGUUUCCUGAAGACAGCUGAACCAGAUGAGAAAAUAAUCAAGUCCUUCAGUCAGAGCAAUUUUAUAUUAAUACCAGAGACUGCAGUGAGGGAUACUUCCUCACCACCGCUACUCUCACUGGGUCGCAGGUCACCAGUCCACUCUCUCCUGACCUCUGACCCCAACAACUAACAGAGACAUGCCAAAAUGCUUCUGAACCCCUCUUCUUUUAUCAAUGCCUCAUUUUUCAAAGGUCACAAGAAUGAACUCUGACAGCAGAAGGUUUUGAAAAAACAAGAAUUUCACUCACAUGUACUGUAGCAGUGUACCUCCACAUGUGAUGUGACAAUAAAAGUGAUUUGAUUGAUUUGAA